CAAAGCAUCUAGAACGACGGGCAAAUAAUCCGGUCCCCAAGCAAUUCAUUGUCCCACAUGCGUGACGAUGCCAGCGCACGACGGCAGGAUGGACGCUUGCCUUUUUCGGAGUGGUGCAUGGCCCCAAGACCGCCUGCCGCAUUUGGUGCGCGGGGUUGAUGGUUGUUGCGUCACAAUCAAGCAGGAGCAAACGGGCGAGGCAGAAGGCAGCGGAAGCCUCACAGAAAACCAAAGCCGAACUCCAAACAACUAUAAAAAUCUCACAACGCCUGCCCCACAUAGCCAACAGCAGAAACUUCACCAACACAUCCGCCACCGCAAAACACCAUGACUUCCCGCAUUCCCACCUCCACCUCCGUCGUCGAGUCGGCCGUCAUUGACGCGCACAUCUCGCACGUCUGGCACCUGGUCAAGCUCCAGGACUUCUCCAAGUUCUGGACCAAGCUCGACAAGAGCGAGUUCGUCAAGGGCACUUCUCCCGAGACUGACAUUGUGCGCUGGUCCUUCAAGGAUGGCACCGUCCUCGAGGUGAAGCAGGAGGAGCACUCUUCCAUCGACCACUACAUCACCUACUCGGUCAUCACGGCUGCGCCUGAGCUGAGCUACUCCUCCGUCGUCAGCACCGUUCGUCUCUUCCCCAUCACGUCCGGCAAGAACGAGGGCCACACGUUCGUCCAGUGGACUGGCAACUUCUCGAGCGAUGCCGAUGCUGGUGUUAUCGAGGACGCCAAGUUCAAGCGCCGUGAAGCUCUUGCUGAUCUUGCCGCUGCUGUCGCCAAAUGA